AUGGGGAUGCCUACUUUUGCUCUGGGGGCCGUGGCCGUGCCAAUCUUUGGACUGGGCUUUGUGGAUGCCGCGUUGAUUAUUGUACUCGUCAACAUACUCGGAGUUCUCCCCGUUUGCUUCUUUGCACUUUUUGGGCCAAAGUUUGGGUUAAGACAGAUUAUUCUGUCCAGGUUUUGGUUUGGACAUUAUGCGGUCAAACUUAUUGCGAUAUUUCAGAUUAUCACCUGUCUUGGGUGGGCAUCUGUCAAUGCCAUCGUUGGAGCUCAGCUGUUGAAGGCCGUCAACCCUGAUAUUCCCGGCUGGGCCGGGAUUCUCAUUGUGUCUUUGGCAACGCUGAUUAUCUGCUUGUUGGGUUACAAAGCUGUUCACUUUUACGAACGGUACGCGUGGAUUCCGUGCUUUGUGGUUUUUCUUGUUGUCAUGGGGGCUUUCAUAAAAUCCGGAGAGUUCGACAGCCUCCUGCCUCUGGCCACGGGGCCAAGUGAGAGGGGAGCUGUUCUUUCAUACAUCGGAGCUGUCUUUGGGUUUGCUGUCGGUUGGUCGGCAUACUCGGCUGAUUAUAGUGUCUAUCAGCCCUCGACACGAUCAACCAGGUCGACCUUUCUCUGGGUGUUUUCUGGGCUGACGUUUCCUCUUAUAUUUGUCAUGCUCCUCGGGGCUGCUAUUUCUACGGCUCUGGUCAAGAAUGAGGAAUACCAAAAGCACUAUGAGAACGCAGGUGUUGGAGGUCUCAUGGCGGCUGUGUUGACGCCGAAUGUUGAACCUGGGUUUGACAAGGCCUGUCUUAUCCUGGUGGCGCUCUCGAUCAUUGCGACCAACUGCCCCAAUAUCUACUCGGUCUCAUUCUCGUUGCAGGCACUGGCGAGACAGACUCAGCAAGUGCCGCGCUUCGUGUGGACUAUCUUUGGGACGGCAGUGUAUGUUGGGAUUGGUAUUCCUGGGUACAACCUCUUCGAAACCUGGCUCGAGACGUUCGUGUUGAGCACGGGAUAUUGGCUUUCGAUCUAUGUUGCCAUUGCCCUGGUGGAACACUUUUUAUUCCGCGGAGGAUUACGUGGAUUUUCAGGGUAUGAUGUGGGGGAUAUUCACAAGCCAGAGCUUUUACCACCGGGGUUCGCAGCCAUUGCUUCUUGCCUGGUUGGCGUUGUGGGUGUUGCUCUGGGGAUGUCUCAGGAAUGGUACACGGGAGUGAUUGCUAGGUUGUGUGGCGGGGAGGGGCACGGCGCUGAUGUGGGUGUUUGGCUGGGGUUUGCUUUUACUUUCAUCACAUAUAUUCCUCUGAGGGCUGUUGAAGGGAGUUGUUUUGGGAGAUGA